UUGGUUCCCAACACGGCACCCCACCCGCCUCAGCUGACCCGCCGUCCCCCCUCCCCAACGAACUCGCUCCGACCACCCACCCACCGACUGGCCCGGCUCCCCUCGAUUCCGCCGGAGGCUCCGCGGGCCUCGAUCCGGUCCGGCUGCCCGCGACCGCCGGCGGAUUCGCCGGGGAGGGAGCGACCAUGAGCGAGGUCUUCGAGGGCUACGCGGGGCAGUACUGCGAGAUCUCCGCCGCCCUCUCCCGCAAGUGCGCCGCCGCCUCCGCCCUCGAUGGCGAGAAGAAGCAGCAGAAGCUGUCCGAGAUCCAGGCCGACGUGCAGGAGUCUGAAUCGCUGAUCAGGAGGAUGGAUUUGGAGGCGCGGAGCAUGCAGCCGAGCGUCAAGGCCGGGCUGCUGGCUAAACUGAGGGAGUACAAGUCUGAUCUCAACAACGUCAAGGGCGAGAUCAAGAGGCUCUCGGCGCCCAAUGCCCAACAGGCCACCCGGGAGGAGCUCCUCGAGUCCGGCAUGUCCGACACACUCUCGGCAUCAUCUGAUCAGAGAGGAAGAUUGAUGAUGACAUCAGAAAGGUUAAACCAGUCUUCUGACAGAAUUAGAGAAAGCCAAAGAACAGUAUUCGAGACAGAAGAAAUUGGUGUGUCGAUUCUUCAGGACCUUCAUAAUCAACGACAGUCGCUGCUGCAUGCUCACACAACCUUGCAUGGUGUGGACGACUACAUCGGCAAAAGCAAGAAGAUCCUGGCUUCCAUGUCCAAGAGGAUGGACAGGAACAAGUGGAUCGUCGGCGGCAUCAUUGCGACCCUCGUCUUCGCCAUCCUCUUCAUAUUGUACUUCAAGUUUGCUUAACCAGUCCAAAUGCAGCAUGUGCCUGAAUUCAGAAUGUUUGUGUGUGUGGAAUAUGAUGUAUAGCGACACUUGCCAGUUGCCAUGUAAAACACAAAAUAUUUGAAAGAUGUGUUUGAGGCUUCUGUAAAUGCUCAGCGCCUUUGAUA